UUAGUUCGAUGUACUUCAAAUCUUUCCCUUUCACAUAAGUAGGCAUGCGGUUUGUUUGGACAGUAUACGAACGCUAGUUUUUCUUGUGGUUCUUUAUACAAUCCUCACGUACAAGAACACGAUGUUAUUACGCGCAUAAAGCAUAUAUUGUUCGAAGUUUUACGAUUUAAAAUUUCAUUUGGCUAACUGUAUAACUGGUUUACAGGAAUUUGAUCCCUAACAGUUGUAUUAAUCGACAAAUUAGGACUUUAGUUUUAACAAUUGCGAAUCUGUAAUUACAGCCAAGUUAAUGUUCUCGUCGAGUUGAUAAAACAGACGAUUUUUUCUCGAAACUGUCUGUGAAAGCCGACCUUGCUUUGUACUGUAAUGGUCCUGGCGAACAAACGAACAGAGAAUGAAUACGUCUAACAGUCAGAUGAUCAUGAACGACAGCAAGGACGACAUGCAGAGAAAUAAAGGUCGACGGGAAUUGUUCGGUUUAACCCAAGCAAUUCGGGAAAAGGCAUUUCAAUCAACUUUUCCAACUUCAGAAAAUUCGCGAGAACACAAAAACGAACAAUCAACCCCAAAUAAGUCUGUGAAAGGAAAUAGCCGACCAACUAUUGAGGAAAGACUCCGGAAUUUGUUCAACAGUGAUGCCGAAGGUCCAGAGGAAAUAAAAAGCAAGUCAACCACACGCGGCCCGGCUUCGCGACUAAAAAGCAAGAGAUCGGCUUCUAGUGCUGGACCUGUACAACGGCAUGCCAGCUUAAAGGUUGAACAACACACCAAGAACGGAUCAGACCAAAUGCCAAAGCAGAAGCUUGCCCCAAUUCAAUACUCCGCCCAUCAAGUACAUGCAAAUGUAAUACAACAUAAGCUAUAUAACAAUCAAACGCAAGUUUCCGAGGCUCAAGUUAUUUCUCCCGCUAGAAGGUGCAAGAGCGCAGUUCCGUCUUUUUUUUACGAUGACGGGCAGCAACCUGUUUGGGAGCGGAAAUCUACAUCUAGAAGCAGAGACUCGUCGUUCGAACAGCAGAAAGAAACUGCUGACAUGAAGAACCGAAGUGCGUUUGAGUUGGAUCGUAACCGAAACUACUUUGAUAAUACGAGAACAAGGCCCGUCAUGACCAGAUCUUUGUGCCUGUAUCCUGAAACUAAAGAAAAUCGAAAAAGUAUCAACUUGCCAGCGCAUGUAGCGAACGCAGUGACCAUAUCUACGCCUCAGCAAACAUCCAUGUUACAUUCGACGCCGAAAAACAACCGCAAUUCAAGACAUUUUAUUAAACCGUCUCAAGAAGUUUCAAUAUUAGUAGACAAUUUGAAUCACGUUUCAACGCAACAGCCCAACAAGCAAACCAAUACCAGGCGUUGUAUAACUCCAUCCCCUGGCCUGCAAAAGCACUAUCUUGAAGUUUCAGCACCCAAAAACUGCUUCAGUGCAGAGAAAAUAAAUGAAAAACUCGAAAAUCAAACCCUAGUUGUUUCUUCUCCAAAACCCCAAGCCAACACCCCGACCCGGGAUUAUUAUCCACAACAAAACUUUAGUUUUCGUCGAGCGGUUCACCAUUCAGUCAGCAGUAUUUCUGAUGCUGGUAUACUGGAUGCAAAGUUACCAUACUCUGCUGUUGUUGAAAAGGGCCAAAGGAAAAGUGACGACCGGGACAGUGGUACAGUGCUUGAAGGAGAGGCGUCCGUUCUAGAUUUCAACUCAUCGCUUUUGAGCGAGGAUGACGAUAUAUGUGAUGUCAACAAAAACACUCUCAAAAACUCAUCGUUUGUGUCACGAAGCAGCACACCAACGCUUCCACCUUUGUCACCGGACGAGAAUGAAAACCAUGAUGUAUUUAGACCUCACUUUAACAUUCCAGGCAAACUUACAACUCCUGUAAAUGCUGCACGAACUUCGGUGUCGUCGAGUAAAAAGACGAAAAGCGGGGGAUCAGUGAAAAGUGACGAAAACAAACUUUCGGUCAGUUCCGGUCACAGCAUAAAUAAGAGCAAGUCAAACGAUUGGAAAAUGGAAUCUACAAAAACUCCCAUAAAGGUAGUAUCCAGCAAAGUGACGAAACGAUCGUUAGCUUCAGCUCGUCCCCCACUUGGUGCUAACCAAAGACAAAUGAAAGAUAAACAGAAUCGACGAUUUGUGGACAGUGACGCUACUGAAGAAUCUCAACAAAGAAUUUUAUAUCAUGCUCAAGCAAGAACACAUAUUUUCAGGCAUUCCUUUGCUAAUGCGGAUCGCACAGAUGUGGAGACCUCUAGUGUACGUUCAUUGACAACAACCAGCGUAUGUAGCAGCAGCAUUAUGCGGAGGUCUGGGAACAGACGACAUUUGCGGAAACGAAUGACUGAUGACAAGUACUCCCGCGAAAUUAGAUCCGUCAGCAAAAGAUUUUCUCGUUUGGAGUCCCAUGUUGUAACACUUGCACGGAGUCUUGCCCAACUUUCGUCAGAACUUCGUCAACAAAAUGUGACAUCACGCGAAAUAGAGCAAUUGCGUCAUCAAGUACAAGAGAUACGAACACGUCAGCUCUCGACAGAUAUGAUUGAAGCCAAGCCAACCAAAUGUAUUACACCCGCUCCUGCUAAAGAGAAAAAUCUCCCGAAAAUGUCGAAACUGGCCAAGUUUUUCGGCGAAAGGCCGCCGCUCUUAAAACUUUUUCUAAAAAAGUUGGGAUACGAGAAAUACAUUCGCAAUUUCGAAAGUGAAAGCAUUGGAAUGAUGGAGCUGCCGUAUAUGGAUGAAAAAAGAUUGCGUGACAUCGGGAUACCGCUUGGUCCUCGUUUACGAAUUCUAAAAGAAGCCCAAAAAUCUUCUUACGUCUGAUUAAAGUAUGAAUGUACAGCUGAUAAAUUUUUAUCGCGCAAAAAAAGGACAACACGGCAGACUUCCGUUUACGGCCUUGUUUGUCUGGAAGGCAGUUCGAUAAAUCGACAUGUAUUUAUACGCACAGCAAAUACAAGUUCUGUUAUUGAGUGAGUAGGAGCUGCGAAGCAUAAAAGAAUAAUAAAUCUGCACAAGAAGUUAUUCAAGUUAUUGCUGUUGUGUUUGUAUUUUCCAAGUCUUCUAAUGUACAGUGCAAUUCGAUUUUGAACAUACCGAAGAACUUUUUCGUGCGCAAAUAUAAUUUACCUAUCUAACCUA